AUGAAGGUUGAACCAUUUUCUGAAGAAGAACAGAAUGUUUUGUUGGAUAUCAAAUUGGAGAAAAAUGAACAUCAAAGUUCCACAAUAACUAGUAAGAAGUCUAUAUUGUUUGUAUGUCUAGCUACAGGAAAAGCUACUUACUUAGAAGAAGAAUCUCAACAUAUUAAUUUGAAGUUUGAUAUGAUGAAAGAGGAAAAUGAAGAUAUGUAUGAUGGAGGUAUGAAGACCUGCUGUCAGAGUCAGUGUCUUGGUAAUCAUGUUAUAAAACAAGAAGAUCACUUUAUAGAAGUUAUGAAUUCCCCCAAACCAAAUUGUGUUAUAUGUGGAGAAACAACUUUAAAUGGAAAUAACCUAAACAAAUUUAAUAUACCUCAGUGUAAUGGUAAAACAUACAGUUGUGUUGUCAGUGGAGAAGAAUAUGGAACAGUGGAUAACCUAAUACAAGAACAGAGGAUACAAUCUGGAGAGAAACCAUAUCAUUGUGCAGUUUAUGGAAAACAUUUGGAGAGAUAUAGUCCCUUAGAGGGACAUGAAAGAAAUCACCCUGGGGAGAAACCUUACAGUUGUGGAGUUUGUAGAAAACAGUUUCGAUCAAGCAGUAACUUAAAAUCACAUCAAAGAAUACACAUUGGGAAGAAACCUUACAGUUGUGGAGUUUGUGGAAAACAGUUUCGAUCAAGCAGUAACUUAAAAUCACAUCAAAGGAUACACACUGGGAAGAAACCUUAUAGUUGUGGAGUUUGUAGAAAACAGUUUGGAUCAAGCAGUAAUUUAAAAUCACAUCAAAGAAUACACACUGGGGAGAAACCUUACCCUUGUAUAGUUUGUGAAAAACAAUUUAGAACAAAUAAUGAAUUAAAAUAUCAUCAAAAAAUACAUACUGGGGAGAAACCAUACAGUUGUACAGUUUGUGAAAAACAAUUUAGAACAAACAGUGAAUUAAAACAACAUCAAAAAAUACAUACUGGGGAGAAACCAUACAGUUGUACAGUUUGUGGAAAACAGUUUAGAACAAAUAGUGAAUUAAAACAACAUCAAAAAAUACAUACAGGGGAGAAACCAUACAGUUGUACAGUUUGUGAAAAACAAUUUAGAACAAACAGUGAAUUAAAACGACAUCAAAAAAUACAUACUGGGGAGAAACCAUACAGUUGUACAGUUUGUGGAAAACAAUUUAGGAGAAACAAUGAACUAAAAGAACAUCAUAGAAUACACACUGGGGAGAAACCUUACAGUUGUUCAGUAUGUGGAAAACAACUUAGAACAAAUAACCAUUUAAGAGGGCAUCGAAGAAUAUGUACUGGGGAGAAACCGUACAGUUGUACAGUUUGUGAAAAACAAUUUGGAACAAGGACUAAUUUAAAUAUACAUCAAAGAAUACACACAGGGGAGAAACCAUACAGUUGUUUAGUGUGUGGAAAACACUUUGGUACAAAGAGUAUCUUAAAAUCACAUCAAGGAAUCCACACUGGUGAAAAACGUUACAUUUGUACAGUUUGUGAAAAACGAUUUAGAAGAAACUGUGAUUUAAAACAACAUCAAAAAACGCACACUGGUGAGAAACCUUACCAUUGUGCAGUAUGUGGUAAACAUUUUUCAGCAAGUGCCAUCUUAAAAAAUCAUCAAAGAAUACAUACUGGGGAGAAACCUUAUAGUUGUUCAGUGUGUGAAAAACACUUUAUAUCUAAGAAUGUAUUAAGAAAUCAUUUUAUAUCACACACUGAGGAGAAACUUUACAGUUGUACAAUUUGUAAAAAACAAUAUGGAUCAAACUCUGCCUUGAAAAACCAUCAAAAAACACACACUGGGGAGAAACCUUACAACUGUACAAUUUGUGAAAAAAAAUUUCGAAGAAAUUCAGAAUUAAAAAUACAUCAAAGAAUUCACACUGGGGAGAAAUCUUACAGUUGUGAAUUAUGUGGAAAACACUUUGGUACAAAAAGUCAUGUAGAAAAUCAUCAAAGAAUACAUACUGGAGAGAAACCAUACAGUUGCGAAGUUUGUGGAAAACAGUUUAAAUCAAAUGGUGAAUUAAAAAGUCAUUUAAGAUCACACAGUGGGGAGAAACCUUACAGUUGUGCAAUUUGUGAAAAACAAUUCGGAAGAAAUUCAAUAUUAAGAAAACAUGAAAGAACAAAACCAUACAGUUGUUCAGUUUGUGGAAAAUGCUAUAGAAGAAACAUUAAAUUAAAAGAACAUCAAAGAAUACACAUUGGGGACAUGUGUUACAUUUCUGUAGCCUUCAUACCUCAGCAGUUAAGUAUGAGAGUUUACAAUACUACAAAUUGAGUGUUGAUACCUGUAUUUGACACAGCACACAGCCCAUUGUGUAGCUUUGUAAUGUAUCAUUUAACAUAAAAUUAAAAGACAAAAAAGGGAUCCUUUUGUCCAUUUUCUACAUCCACUGCAGGGAAUCGAACCCUGUAAUCCAGUAUUGUUAGUCUCAAAUUAUUACUGUUCCACCAGGUAAGUCUACUUCAUGUACUUACUUAUCAGGAACUAAAAUCAAGGUGUUAAAUAUGGUAGGUAGAACCCUCAAGAAGGUCUUACUAACUAAUAACUUAUCCUUUCAUUAUCUACUUAAGGUACACCCUUAUCACGAACUCAAGUCAAGGUUUUAAAUAUAGUAGAUAGAACCAUAUAGAAGGUGUUACUUAUUAAUAUAUUCUACCUUCCUCAUCUACUUCGCAGAACAAGUUUAUUGUUUUAAAAUCUUUGAUCAGCAAGUGGAGAUGCCAGUUGGACCAAGAAAAAGCUCAAUCUCUACCUCAAUAUGAUGCAACAAGAGAAGUAGUGCUUUUACAGGGUUCCUAGCAGUAUAAGCUAACUUUAAGAUCUGAAUAGAUGUAUGUGUAUAAUAUUUAUUUGAUCUCAUAUAACUGCAAGAUUAAUAUUAAUUAAAAAUGAAUCAUUGAGAAUCCACUCAUUUAUUAUGUUGAAUUUUGCCUUAACUUCUACUAAAAAGCUAGUGAAGUUUUAAAAUUCAUAAAAAUCGACAAGAAG